GACGUUUAAAGGGGAAUCCGAUCCUUUUCACAAGGCAGCUUCCUCUUGCCUUCUUUAGUUGAGAUAUAUGCAAAAAUAAUACAUUUGUUUCCUAAAGCUAAGAUCUAUAUUAUAUUUCUCAUUAUGUUUUUUCUGUGUUCAUCAAUGGCGGACUAGAAAAAAAAAGGAUUUGCAGUGAUGGGGAAGGCUGGGAAAUGGCUGAGAAGCCUGUUGACUGGCAAGAAAGUUAAGGAGAAAGUGGAGGGUAAAUGCACGAGUGAUCAGAAUUGUUCGGUUGUUCCCGAGAAUCGGAGUACUACUCCCGUGUUGAUUCCGCCGACGACGCCUAAAGAGAAACAGAGAUGGAGUUUCCGGCGAUCUUCGGCUGCGUCGACGCCAUCAAGGGGGUCGAGUUCUAUAGAACAAGUUGCCGCCACCCCGCAUCCUACAGCGGAGGUUGUGAUCCGAUUAGCCGAUGACAACAAUGAAAAAGCAGCCGCGGUUGAAGACGCGGCUGCGAAGAUCAUUCAAUCCGUGUUUCGAUCAUAUUUGGCGAGGAAGGCUUUGAGAGCACUAAAAGGACUGGUGAAGUUACAGGCACUGGUGAGAGGUCACCUGGUGAGAAGACAAGCCACUGUUACGCUGAAAUGCAUGCAGGCUCUGAUCACCGCACAGGCAAGAGCUCGAGCUCAGAGGAUGCGAAUGGUUGAGGAUUCCAAGCCUGCUGCCCAAAGGCAAUCGCCCCGCCGGAGGUCACCACCGGAUUAUCGGAUAAGGCAUGCAUAUCAUGAGAUUGAUGGUGGAAUGGAAGAAAACAUUAAGAUUGUAGAAAUGGAUAGCUAUUCACACCAUUGUUCCUCAAAUCAACCAUACUCCAAGCAAGACAAUCGUCAGCCGUCUCCGGCAACAUCAACUUUGACCGAUAUAAGCCCCGAAUUUUUCAGUGGUCACUUCGAUGAUUGUUUCGUCAUGGCACACGACAGUCCACGAUACGUGGAAUCCGAGUCAUACGAGUACGCUCUAUGCCCCAAUUACAUGGCCAACACUGAAUCUUCAAGAGCCAAAUUGAGGUCACAAAGUGCACCCAAGUCGAGGCCGGAUUCGAUCGAGAGGCAACCGAGCGGCAGGCGAAGGGCAUUGAUGGAAGGCCACAAUCAUGUCCCGAAGGCGAUGAGGAUGAAGCGAUCAUCGUCACAUGCCGGUGCCACAGCCGAUAACUACAAGUACCCGUGUUCGAUCAAACUCGAUAGAUCAUCGAUUUCGCUUAAAGAGAGUGAGUGUGGUUCCAACAGUACAGUUCUCACAAGCACCACCAACUACUGCAGAUCCCAUUUUGGAAAUGAUGUCAGUGUGAAAUAACACCAAAUGGAAUCACCAAAAUCUCAAGGCUAGAGAUGUUUUACUAUGGGAUAAAGCAGCAUUUAACCCCUGAACUUGUUAAGUUUUCUAACUUGGUCCUUGAACUUUUUGGUCCAUAUUAGUCACUGAACUUGGAUUGGAUAUGUGGUAUGAUAUCAUAGUACCUAAUCAAUAAAAGGACCAAAAUUAUUUACGGACUAAGUUGGAAACAAUUACCAAGUUUAGGGAUUAGAUAUUACUUUUUUGUUUGAAUAUGCAAAUCAUAUAAGGAAACUGACCUGCGAAAAUCUAUAGCCCGGUUUCACU